UUAUAAGAUUCUAUCCCCUCCCCUAACUUUUGAGUUCUCAGGUUUUCUAUGAUGUUGUGCCUCUUUACUUUGUCAAUGCUAGUGCCAUUUCCUGUGAUGAAUUUUUUGUUCCAAAUAAUUUUGAGGUCGAGUGUUGUUUACUAUUUUUCAUUCAGAAUUUGAGCAGCAUGUGGAAGCUGGAACCUUGUGGACACAUAUCCAAGAAGAAACACGUAACCUCAAUACUUUAAGAGUUAUGAGAAUUUCUUGCCAGUCAUCCACAUUUCGUAUCAAAUUAUUGCUGAAUUUUACUUGCAUAUUCACUACUAUGAAUGUCCGUGCACUGGCCAAUCAUUAUGCAGCCCAACUCAGUCUAUGCUGCUCCCUCAGUCCCAUCAACAGUACCUGGGCUCGAGCUAUCCAUGCUCACAUGAUAACUUCCGGGUUCAAGCCAUGGGGUCACAUACUCAACCGCCUAAUAGACAUAUAUUGUAAAUCAACCAAGAUUGGCUAUGCCCGUAAACUGUUCAACAGAAUUCCCAACCCAGAUAUUGUUGCAAGAACCACAUUCAUUGCAACAUAUUCUGCUAUGGGUAAUCUAAAGCUGGCUGAGGAAAUAUUUAAUAAAACCCCAUUGCUUAUGCGAGACACAGUUAGUUACAAUGCCAUGAUUACAGCCUACUCUCAUCAUGAUGAUGGUCAUGCUGCUGUUGAUCUCUUUCGAGAAAUGAAGCAAGAAGGGUUUAGUCCUGACAAUUUUACUUUCUCCAGUGUGCUCAGUGCAUUGGCACUUGUAGCUGAUGAUGAAAAACAGUGCCAACAGCUGCAUUGUGAAGUAAUUAAGUUGGGAUUAGGGACAGUGACGUCAGUACUAAAUGCAUUAAUAUGUGCUUAUGUUCACUGUGCAUCUGCACCCAAAGUAUCUUCCUCAUUGUUGAUGGCUGCUGCUAGAAAGUUGUUUGAUGAGAUGCCUCAGAAGGAUGAAACAUCAUGGACAAUAAUGAUUACUGGGUAUGUCAGAAAUGAUGAUCUCAGUGCAGCUCAUGAAUUACUUGAUGGGAUGACAGAAAACAUAGAGGUUGCCUGGAAUGCGAUGAUUUCUGGUUAUGUGCAUCAUGCAUAUUAUGAGGCAGCAUGACUUGUUCAGAAAAUGCAUUCUAGGGGAAUUCUAAAAGAUGCCUAUACCUACACAAGUUUGAUUAGUGCUUCUUCUAAUGCUGGUUUGUUUGAAUAUGGAAAACAGCUGCAUGCUUAUAUUCUGAGAACAGAGGUGCAACCUUCAAAGGACUUUUUGUUGUCCGUGAAUAAUGCCUUAGUUACAUUAUAUAGUACAUUUGGUAAACUAGUCGAGGCAAGACAUAUUUUUGAUAAAAUGCCCCUUAAAGAUAUUGUUUCAUGGAAUUCAAUUCUGUCAGGGUAUGCUAAUGUUGGGUGCCUUGAGGAAGCUAAAUCCAUAUUUAAAGACAUGCUUGAGAAAAAUCUCCUAACAUGGACUGUGAUGAUAUCAGGCUUAGCACAAAAUGGUUUUGGAGAAGAGGGAUUGCAGUUACUCAGCCAAAUGAAAUUGGAGGGACUUGAACCAUGUGAUUAUGCAUAUGCUGGAGCAAUUAAAUCUUGUGCUGUUCUAGGAUCACUAGAGAAUGGAAGGCAGCUUCAUUCUCAGGUUAUCCAAUUGGGCCAUCAUUCAAGCCUUUCAGUUGGCAACGCACUAAUUACUAUGUAUGCAAGAUGUGGUGUCGUUGAAUCUGCUUAUUCCAUGUUCCUCACAAUGCCUUAUGUGGAUCCAGUGUCCUGGAAUGCCAUGAUUGCAGCUCUUGCACAACAUGGACAUGGUGUCCAAGCUAUACAACUUUAUGAGGAGAUGUUGAAGGAAGAUAUAUUACCUGAUAGAAUAACUUUUCUCACAGUUCUUUCUGCUUGUAGUCAUGCAGGCUUGGUUAGAGAAGGACGUCAUUAUUUUGACACAAUGGGUGGUUAUGGUAUAACCCCAGGGGAAGAUCAUUAUGCUCGUAUGAUUGAUUUGUUAUGCCGUGCUGGUAUGUUCUCUGAAGCAAAGAGUCUAAUCAAGUCAAUGCCUUUUAAGCCAGGUGCGCCAAUUUGGGAAGCUAUUCUUGCUGGUUGUCGCAUUCAUGGGAACAUAGAUUUAGGCAUUGAAGCUGCCAAACAACUCUUUGAGCUAAUGCCUCAGCAUGAUGGGACCUAUAUACUCCUUUCCAAUAUGUAUGCUACUUUAGGCCAAUGGGAAGACGUAGCCAAAGUGCGAAAACUAAUGAGGGAACGAGGUGUUAAGAAGGAACCUGGUUGUAGUUGGAUUGAAGUUGAAAACAAGGUCCAUGUCUUCUUAGUUGAUGAUACUGUGCACCCUGAGGUUCAAGCAGUGUACAUAUAUCUAGAACAAUUGGUAUUUGAAAUGAGGAAAUUGGGGUACAUCCCUGAUACAAAGUUUAUAUUACAUGAUAUGGAAUCUGAGUACAAGGAACAUGCCUUGUCUACCCACAGUGAAAAGCUUGCUGUUGUUUUUGGAAUUAUGAAGCUUCCUAAAGCAGCUACAAUAAGAGUGUUUAAAAACCUGAGGAUUUGUGGGGAUUGCCAUAAUGCAUUCAAGUUCAUUUCCAAAGUGGUGGAACGUGAGAUAGUUGUGAGAGAUGGGAAGAGGUUUCACCAUUUUAGACAUGGUGAAUGUUCUUGUGGUGACUAUUGGUAGGCAGAGGUUUUGUUACUUGAUUAUCUAUCAAGGGAUGUCAAUAUCAAAAGUUGUAAAUGGAUUUGUUGUAAAUGGAUUUGAAGUAUAUGAAGUGGAGUAUUAGCGAAUCUGAGAUCCAAAAUUGAGACUGGCAGUGGCUUCAAAAUGAUCUAUAAAAGAUUGAUUCAUUGUAGUAGGAAAAUUUAUUUUA